AUGAAUAAGGGAAAUUUGUUCAAGGACGAGACGGAGAAAGCCAUCGUCCACUUCAUCGUGUACCUCAUAGGCAUUCUCCUCGUACUAUGCGUGUACUACAACUACAUAAUUCUUAAGUACUACUUUUACUCCCUGUUUUGGGCUUUCAUUGUGUCCAUCCCCCUGCACCAUGUGAAGGUGAAACUAUCGGAGCUGCUCCGGAAGCACUUUCUGCGGAUAAGAAGGAAGGCAAAGGGGGGGAGCUCCCGGAGGAGGGAGAGCGACGAGGUUGGCGGUAGGGAGGCGCAGCAGAAGCUGCAUCAGCUGGAGCAACCGCUGCAACCAGGCAGUCAGUUCGAUCCGUGCACACAAGAAGGUACCGUGAGGAAAUACCCAAACUUCAAUCAGGUCGAAAAGUGUGAUAAAACAAGAACGCGGUCUGACUUCAUCACCCAAGGAAACUCAUCCAAUAAGUACAGAAAGAAGUUACACAGAUUUGUGAAAAACGUGAAAAAGGAAUUAGACAUUUAUCUGUACAUGUUCCUUCUCCUAAUUAAGCCCAUAUACAAAAUAGGCGAAAAGGGAGAGAAGAAGGAAAACCUAACUAACAACUUGGAGCAUUAUGAACAAAGGAAUGCCAGUGAAAUAUACUUCCUCGUCCUACACAGAUUGAUCCUAUUUUACAUUUUACGAGAAUUUUUUUUCAAAUACAAGGAGUUUUUACUAAACAUUGGGGCUUUUAUUUUAUUUUUUUUUUUCUUUUAUAAAAUUGUCAAGGCUAUAUGGAUUGCCUAUUUUUAUUCCCUCAGUAGAAAGUACUACACCAAAUGGUGUCACCAACUUUCUUUCGAUUACAUCCACUUCUACAAGCACUACAUGAAUGAUCUCUUGACUGUCCUCAUCAUUAUCUUUGCCAUAAUUAUUUUCUCCGCCAUCUCGAUUUUGUUCAUCGUUAAUAUUUACGGCGAGUCGCUCUACAUUAUAAACUCGAUUAACGCGUACCUCUCCGCCAACUUCCGCAAUGCCGCCAUCUUCAAGAAUUUUCGAAAAUUCUACCGCAAGCCCGGAAAAGGAGACAUCCAAGAUUUGUACCAGCUCGUGAACCUGAACAAGGUGCCCUUCCUCAGCAACAAAACUCUGGCGUCCAUUUCUGGGAACCUGAAGAGAGCCUACGAUAUAUAUCAGCAUGUGUACGCACAAACGUUUCUGAAGAACGGGACGAGACAUAUAAGCGCCUGCUGUUUGCCGAUACUCCUGAGCAGACUUGCCCUCUUUGUGGCAGGGCCCGACUUGGCUAGCAUUAAGAGGCAUACCCUCCAUUUGUCGGAACAGAAAAAGGACAAAAAAUUUUAUUUGCCUCGAACUGGGGAAGAGUGCUCUGUGGAGGCCUGCCUAAAUGAGGUUGACGAUUCUCGCACGUCUUUCAGUUUCAAAAGGUUGCUGCGCUCUCUGUCACAGUACAUUUUUUUAUUUUCCAGUCGGUCGCAGAAUCGUACGGAUCAGGUGGGCUCCACGUCCGUUUACUACGCGGGGAAUGGCAGACGCCAUGGUGCUUCCAGACACGUCGUUUUUAAGACCAUAUUUGGGAGCUCCCCGGGGGCGAGUUCCGAAUCCGAUCAGCGGUGCAGCGCGCAAUGGGGGGAAUACUGCAGGGGGGGAAAGACCGAGCGGGGCGAUCCUAAAGCGGGUCGAUGGAGCAGCGCACAAGAUAAACAGAACAAGGGGCAGUCGGAUGGAUUGACCAACUCAGCAGAUAAACCGAACGAGCAAUCGGAUGGAUGGAACCCUGACCCAGUCCAACACGCAACCGAAUUGUACGACCCUCAGAAGGAAAAAAACUUCAAAUUCAAAGAAUUCAUUGGCUACCUAAACAGCCUGUUCUCGUCCAUGAAAAAAAUCGAAGACGUGGGAAAACUGACAAAGCAUUUAAUAUUUAACAACAGCUACGGGCUCAUAAAAAUCAUGUUUUUUUUCCUCUUCAUUUUCUUUAAUUUCUUUAUGUACACAUUUGAUGCGAUUGUCCAAGGAAUUAUCUUCUUCACAGCUCUGUAUUAUCUAAUUUCUUCGAGGAAGUCCGCCCUGAGUUAUGUGAAUGACAUUUUACUGGUGGUGGAUCCCUCCAGCAUAUUCUUCUACAACAUCACGAUGAAUUUGAAGGCCAUCAUCAAAUGCACCUUAAAGAGGGUCUACUUUUACACACUAUACAUUUGGUUAGUCUUUUCCUUUUUUCAGUUUCCAAUAAUAUAUGUGCCAACAUUAGGAUGCAUUAUCCUAUCGUUGAUUCCGAUCAUAUCUCCCGAAAUCGUAAUUCUUGUGAUUAUUGUCCAUCUUUGGAUUAUCCAGAAGAGGAAGAUCGUAUCCUCAAUCCUAUUUGCAGUUAAUUUUUUUGUUUAUCUUUACUUCACCACAAGCAUAUACACAGAGAUUCCUCACACGCAUGCAUGGUUGGUCUCUCUGUCGCUCUUCCUGUCUAUCAGCACGUUUGGAUCCAAGGGCCUCAUUUUGGGUCCACUCAUCGGCUCCAUUCCCCUCAUUCUGCACCAGAUUGCCAUUAACAAGAAUAGAUUCGCACAGGGAAAGAAGCGCAAGCGGAGGGGCAAGUCGGAGAAAAGUUCACCGUGCACGCGGAGCGGACGCAAAUCGAGCAACUUGCAAGAUGCGAAAGGGGCGCAGUAUGCCCACGGAGAGCUUGACGCAACAGGACCAGGCGGGCGCCUAUCCACCCUAACUGUGUCGCAGAAGUAUACCCCCAGAAUGGCGUGCCGCCAUGUGAAGAAUACCGGGGAAGAACCAACCGGAGGUGGAAAGAUGCCUCACAAAAUGGGCCACCAAGUUCCCCAAAAGGGAAUCACCCCAAAUGGAGUCCCCCAAGCGGAACGAAAGAAAACCCUCUUAUGGAAAAACAAACUGAACAAUCUCUACCAGAUAAUCGAAAUAAAUAAAAGUUACAUCGAUUCGUAUGAAAGAUAUAAGCGCAAAAGCAGCUGCAGCGAGUGCAUGCAAAAUUUCAUUCAAGAUGGAACCCUAAAUGAGGAGCAGCAUGGAUCCUACCUGGAUCCCCUACACACAGAGGAGAACAAAUUAGCCCUCUACAUUUACAAGCGCGAUAGAGAUAACAAAUGGGAAAGAAAAACCAACCACACUCAUUUUUCCAAAAGGGAAACCAAGGGUCGCUUUAAGCAUCACGUUGGUUGCAAAAGAUUUAGACGACUAGGAACUCUGUGUGAUAACAUCCAGAACAACUUAAGUUCUUUAUUCCAGUCCAUAACGAGUGAUUCCUGA